AGUCACAUUUGACGAUCCGUUGGUAACGCAUGUGGGAUCCACCACGUUCCGUCGCAAUCGCGCGUUCCGUGUUUCCUCUUCUUGCUCGCCAUUCCGUGUUUGGCCAGAACCAUACAACAACAACAAAAAAACGCGCCAUCCACUUGCAUGUGAGUCAAGUGCAAUAAACACCUCACGAGAAUAUAUAUCUGCAAAUUACCUCGUUCAUUUGAAUAAGUCCCAAAAAUAAACCUUUCGUCGGUUGGGUAGUCUCGACUUUUUUUUGUUUCGGAGCGCAGAUGAGGUGAAAUCACGCAAUUUUAUGGCACCCCAACCGUAAAUGAGGGUUAACCCACCCCCGCAAAAGAGAUUUACCGACCCAAGAUCGGUGGUGUUGUGUAUUAAUGACCAUCCGGUGGACUCCUCCAAACAAGACAAAGUGAACUGAUAAAAGUCGCGAGAAGUGAGUUUGAUGAAAUUGUGAGUAACUGUGCGACGGCUCUGGGUACUUCAAAUAGUUGCUCCCCAGUUAAUCAAAACUGCAACUAAAAGAUUUCUUGCAUCCACCCCCGCAACUAAAGAGUGGUUUGCUAUUUAAUGUGAAGUGCACGAAUUUUUUUGUUUUAUAUUUUCCACAUUGGAAAGACAAGAAAACGCAAUAAGCUGAAAUUAAAGCCCACCUACCCUAUUCAACCAGCUGAACCAACCUAACCAUCCUAGGAUUAACGUCACUCAGAAUUUCCAGUAUCCGGCAGUCGGGGUUGAAUUUUUUGGGUAAAGAGGAACAACACCCACACGAUGCUCCUUAGGAAAUUCAACCAAUCUGACCGGAAGACAUCCCUGGGAAAUUCAAGAAAGACUGCAAGAUUCAAUCUCGAUCUCAAAAAGUGAGGGCGUCCACGUGCUGAACAUUUAAUUUAUUUUAUCUCUCAUUACCUGGCAAUAUUCUUUAAGAGUAAAAAAAAAGUGCAAUAACAGACACAAAGUAAACUUCCAAGUGAAAAAAAGGGAAAAUUACUUUUUGAGAGAUAAAGUGUGUGCAAAAUAAUUCGUUAAAUUGACGUGGGAGACGGGAAAAGCGUGCGACGAAAGGAAGCUGCUUGGACGGAGGUGCAUUAUGCCGCUUCUGGUCGCCCAGCGGAGUUCACAUCGAGUGGCACUUGACCACAGCUCAGCGCCGGCCACAGACCAGCCCUUGGAUUUUACCAUGUCCAAAUUUAAAACAUCCACCAGGCAUCAGCUAUACCGUCAAUACUACGGAGCCGACGAUUCCCCACCGCCAUUCAAGCACGACGAACUCGAAAACAGUGAUAGUGAAAUGCGAGAAAAACCCUGUGCAGGAAAACUGUGGUUAGACAAUGUUAGCGAGAUGCAGUUGCGCCACCAACUUGCAGCAGCAGCCGUAGCCGCGGCAAAUUGCACCCCAUCAGCCUCGCGACCAAAUCCACCCAAUACCACCGCCUCCACCGCAACCAGCAGUCAUUCCACCAUUCAGCAGUCCAUCACCAAUAGCAAUAUACCUGUGCGAGAGCUAAUGGCACAGCAGGAGGCGGCUAAGAGAGCACUAGCCGCGGUGGCGGCUACUACGACAACGACAACAGCCGCCUCGGCUCCCUCUUCGUCUUCGUCCUCACCCACGGGACUCACGGCGGCAACAGCGUCUCCAGGUCGUGAGCGGCCUUUCUUGCCAACUCACCUAGACCGAGAGCGCCAUCUCAUGCAGCCACGGCACGAUGGGACCCGCGAGAAGUGUCUCAAUAACAACGACCGAGAACGGGAUCCUAGGUGCGAUGGCUCGCAAUCCAAGCCCAAGAGUCUAGAUCUAAGUCGAAUACCCAAAUCAACCCCCUCACCAGCACCAUCCAAUGACGACGCAGAUUCUGGCGAUGAGCACAGUGAACGGGAACAAUCACAGAGUCCACCACCACAUCAGGAUGACCGACCAUCGGCACUAAAUCUGGUGACUGACUCGCGACAUACACCCUCUCCUGUAUCCUCAAAUCAGCAGCCACCACCAACGAGUGCUGCUGGUGGUGGCUUGGGAGCAGCCAUUGCUGCCCUUCAGAGCCUACCACUUGCAUCGCAGCUCCUGCUUCUCCAGAGUCACCUGGGUUUGAGUAAUCUAGCUGGCCUAUCGCCGCAGGAUCUCAAUACACUGCAACAAGCAACCCUUCAGCAACACAUUCAGAACUACAUGCUUAUGCAUGGUGGAAGUGGAGCUGGAGGUCUCAAUGCCCAAUCUGGGGCUACAUCAGCGAACGCCCAGGCGGCUGCUGCACAGUUCCUAAUGCAGAAUCAGGUUCAUGCUGUGGCUCAGGCAGCUCAGCAGUUGCAAGCGCUCCAGAAGCAGCAGCAACAACUGAAAUCGGACACUUCAUCAGGGGGCGGAGUCAUUGCAACAAGCUCCCCACUGCAUAGCCCAGCGGGAUCACCCGGGGGUCAAAACUCGACUGCCACGAGCCUCAUGGGACCCAAUCAGACCACACCACCAAAUGUGGCUAGUCUCAAUGUGGGUGGCAUUUUGACACCCUCCACACCUGGUUCGGGCACUCAUACACCCCAGAUGCCAAAGUUGCAGGCUCCACGGGCUCUUGAGCCCUCCCCAGAGGAAACUACGGACCUCGAGGAGUUGGAGCAAUUUGCCAAAACAUUCAAGCAGCGUCGAAUUAAGCUAGGCUUCACGCAGGGCGAUGUAGGCCUAGCCAUGGGAAAGCUAUACGGCAAUGACUUCUCCCAGACGACAAUAUCGCGCUUUGAGGCUCUUAAUUUGAGCUUCAAGAAUAUGUGCAAACUGAAGCCUCUACUCCAAAAAUGGCUUGAGGAUGCUGACAGUAGUAUCACGAAUCCUGGAGGGAUGUUUGGUUCGAGCACACUCAGCAACCCUUUGACUACUCCGGAAACCAUUGGCAGGCGUCGCAAGAAGCGUACGUCCAUUGAGACAUCAGUACGUGUGGCGCUGGAAAAGGCCUUCAUGAUGAAUCCAAAGCCAACAAGUGAGGAGAUUACGCACCUAGCUGAUCAACUUUGCAUGGAGAAGGAAGUCGUGCGAGUAUGGUUUUGUAAUAGACGUCAAAAGGAGAAGCGCAUCAAUCCUCCGGCCAAUUCGAUGGAUUCACCAAAUCACCCGGGCACCCCAAGUGGUGCUGGUGGGAUGUCUCUUAGUCACCAUGGGCCCUCGUAUUUUGGACCCCUUUCAUCUCCAGCGGCAUCUAUAAAGCAAGAAUGACCUCCAAGGUGGGGUGUCGGGGAUUUUGGCGCCUUCGGCACUGCUCUUCUCACAACAGAGCACCACGACGCUGGCGCCAGAUUCCUGGACUAAUGCCACCGGCAUCACCAGUCAUAUCAUCUUAGAACUCCAGCAGUGGACACUUCAUUACAGGGAUCUUUUUCACCUUUCGAUGCUCGCUAAUGCUGGACCGCCGUGUCCUUUGGGUCUUCGUGUGACAAAAGUUAGCCUAGGCUCAGUCUAGUUAGCCCAAGUUGACCUUACAUGCUGACUAGGCUAUCACGCGCUGAAAGAAACAACCUUCACUUUACGUCAUCUUGUGAUGAAAGUUGACAAAAUGCAGAUUUUCGACACUUCUGUGACAUUUCAAUAUUUGACAAAUCCUUGUCGGAGAAAUGUCAAAAAAUUCUACUUCAGCUGUCAACACGUAAAAAUUGUUUAGUCAAAGAACCACACGGAGAGAGAAUUUGAGUGAAAAAAAAACAGUUCUUCGAAAAUGUAGGACAAGAAGGAAGAGUUAUUUCUCACUAAUAGUGCAGAAAGGAUUAAAAAAAAAUCACUAAAGUAAUUAAAAAAUAUAUAAAGAAGAUAAACAUAAAUUCUUCGAUAGCACUAGAGACAAGGAGGAAAAAAUUGUGUAGGUGUGUGUGAUGCAAGAGCUAAUUCCUAAAUGAAGAAAAAAUUAUUUCGAAUUUAAUUCAUUGACGUCGUCGUGCAAGAACACCAUUUUCUUUCUUAUCAACAGUGGAAGGACAUCACUGAAUCCUUUUUGGAAAAUGUAGUUUAAUAUUUGUGAAAAAAAAUGUAUGAGAGACAGUGAGUGUGAAGUGAGAUAUUUACAUGGAUAUAUAUUUAGUUUAAAGAAAAAAAAGACGUUGCUAGUGAAAAUGAUGGUGUAAUGUUAUUAUUUUAUCGUGAAUGUAUCCUUUUCCUCAUUUCUUUUCUUUUUUCAUAAUAUUAUAUUUUAACAAAAUCCCCAUCAUUCCUAUAUAAGAGAAAAGAAAUUAAAUAAAUUAUUUAUUAUUGAGACAAAGAGGAACGUGAAUGAAAAUAAAAAUGAAAAACAAGAAAACACGAAAUAGAAACUCUUAAAAGACAACAAACUGAGGCUGAUCUAUAAGUAAACUUUUAAUUGUAUUAAAUUAAAUUUUAGUAGGUCUGUAAUAUAAGUCCAUCGAAAGGCAUUGGGUUAAACUUGAGGGACAGAAAAAGUUCAUCAAUCUCCCUUUCGAUGGAGUUUUAUUUAUAAAACACCCUCAAAAAAGAAGAUAGCAAAGAUUAGAUUAAAAAAAAAUUCUUCAAAUUAAUAUUUAUGUUUAAUAAAAUUUAAAGGCUUUCCUUUAUUUUCGAAUGACGAAACAUUCCACUGAACAUUCUGUCUGCAAAAGCUCUUUUAAAUUUCGCGUGCAAUCGUAAAGAGCAAUUUGAAAAUAAGGAAAAUUAUUUUUCGAAUUCCAAAAAACAUUCCACAGCACACACACUUAAAAAAAAUCGUAUACUAAAAAAAACAAGAUGUAUUCUAAAUGUGAAUAAAUUUUAGGCAUAUAAAAUCUAAUGUAAGAUCAUGGAAAGAAAAAUCAUUUUAGAGGAAAAAAAGAAAUAUUUUAACACCAUUACCUGAUUGUAGUGAUGUUAGAAGCUAAAAAAGAAGAAGUUGGGGGAUUAUUCUGAAUAGAGAAGCAUUAAUUGAAAGUGAUUGACCAAAUCUCAAUGCAGUUCAUCCUAAUUUCCCUCCUUGAUUUGGGUUGAAAAAGAAAGUAAAAAUUAUUCAAUAUCCGUAAAAGAGUUUUGCAAAGAAUUUUACAAAAAAAUAUUUAUGAAUAUUUGAAUUUCUAAUUUAAUAAUUCAAUAAAAACUGACCUAAAACUAUUAAAACUUGAAUUUACAAAAUUUUGAGUUUUAUAUUGUGUUUCAAAUAUCAAAAAAAUAACUUCUAGAUUUAUUUUUAGACUUUUAAAUUAAAUGAAUUUUUUUUUGGUUUUUUAA